GUAGCAAACGGAACAGCCUCACGAAAAUUGCGUGGUAUGGAGGUGGCAUCAAUUGCUCCAAGAAAACCUUUGUACCUGUCAUGCAACUUAUUAAAAUGAACAAAGUUAGUAAUAGGGAACCGAGUACCCGAUUGUGAUGAACCUGAGGAGACCGGAAUCGGAGAGACAGUCUUUGCGGAAUUGAGAACAUAGUCAUUGAGAUGAGCUGGACGACGACGCGUACGCGGUGGAAGAGAAGGAACUGUUUCCGGUGGAGAAGUGGUCUCCACCGUGGAUGACCCUGACCCUGGGUUGGCAUCAUCUGAAGAAGAGGCAGGAGAAUCAGUCGAAACAGGGAAGGAAGAGGAUGAUGAUGAAACAGUGAAAAUCGAAAUUAGCAUAAAUUUUGAUUUCUCCGAAACAGAGGUUUAUAGAUCGAGUUUUCGUAGAAGAAGAAGAAGAAGUAUGGAGGGCGGCGAGGCGCUGAGAACGACCUGGAGAAGCUUCAAGCGGCGGCUGCAAUUCAGCGGGAUCGCCUGCUGUGGAUCCCCGAGGAGUCUGAGAGUUCCAAGCUCGACGAUCAGCGACGAAGAGGCCCAAUUGAAAGACCCGGCCCAGAUCGAGCUGGCGGAGGAAGACGACCAGGAGGAGGAGAUGCAGCGAGGCCGGUUCAAUCUGGCCAUGGCCCUCGCCGCCGAGCGCGAUUCGCGGAGGGCGGCUCCGGCCGCCCAGAUGAAGACGCUCGUGAGGUUAUUCGAGGAGGCGGAUGGCCGGGAGGGGAACAGCGCGGGCUCCGCCGCGAGGGACGGCGGAGGAGGAGGAGGAGGCGUUGGCGGGCCGUGCGGCGUGUGCGGGGAGAGGAAUCGGGGCGCGGCUUUGAUUCCCUGUGGGCACACCUACUGUAGGGCGUGUUCCCGAGAGUUUUGGUCAAACGGAGGGUCCUGCCCGUCAUGCAACCGUCCGAUUCGGGACAUCCUCCCUAUUUUUUGAUUUUAUUAAUGGCCAUUUAAUUUUUGCAUUAUUUCUUUUAAUUUUUAAUUAGAAGAAUUAAACCAUUUCAAUUACUAUAUUGUUCUGACCUGUGGACAUUUUCAUUGAAGUUUGAGUUAUUUACGGAGUAAUUGCUUAGAUCGUUCCAAUUUCCAGCUUUUCAAAUAUCAAAAAGAGUAAUUUUAGAUAUGACAAGAUAUGAUUUAUGAAAUAAAAAAAAAGUGAUAUGAAUUUUGAAAUCUGAAACAAAUUUGUUUGGAAAAAUUUUAAUUCAUGUUAAGCGAAGUGACCGAAUGAAAAUGGAGGUGGUUG